ACCCGAGGACAAUUCUCAACGUCCAAAACAUACAAUGUUCAAUAUUACUAAAAAUUUCGUACAACUGAAGAUUAUAUUGAAGGAAAUUACAAAGACCACCUUAAUUACCAUCGAGCAACAGAUCGAACUGAAAUAAAUCAAGAACUUCCUCUUAGUCUGAAUAUCAGAAUGAAUAUUUAGUUGAAUUAUUAAUAACUUAAAUUUUAAAUUAUUUUCUCAAUACAAACGAUUGUAUUUUUCAUCUAUUUUGCCUUAUAAGCAAUGGUUGCCUCUUCUCCAGCACCGGACAGUGACCAUUGUCUUCUCUGAGAACCUCAAAUUCUGAGACUAUCAUGUCCCCAGAUUCGUCUGGAGGACAUAGUGAAUCUCGACUUUCUCCCUUUGGACUCACCAAUGAUCGGGCACCAUCGCUGAAGCUUGACAAAGAUCUUCAACCUUUUUAUUAGUGAAGAUAUCGAGGUUCAUGAUAUUUAUCUGAAAUCGAUAAGAAUGAUUCACACUUGUGAAUAGAUUAAUAAUUAGUGCUUUUGAUGCUGAUCAAAUCAUAUGAGCUAAUCCAGGGAGUGAUGAUUAAGAUUAUCAAAAGAAAAUCUAAAUUCAAAUUAAAACGGAGUCUUAAUCAUGACCGAAAUCAGAGUGACCAUCAUUCGGGUGAACUGACCUGUUAUACUGGACUUUAAUCUUGUCAUUUAAUUGAUAAAUUUUCCAUAUUAUUAUUGAUUUUAACACGAUGAAUGAAAUUGAUUGUCAAGGUGAUAUUUUAAUUCAUUGAACUUUUUUGACAAUCAAAUAGUUAAUAGUUUAACCAAUAAUCAAUAAUAUUGACCAGAAGGGAAAAGUUUAUCAAGUGACCAAUCAAUAUCUCAACAAGUAGCAACAAUCAGUUUGUAUUACAUGGUUAACUAUCAAUGCCAAGUUUAAUUAGUGAUAAUAAUAAUCUCUCUAUUACAAUUAGAUUAAUGUUUAAUCACAAUUAAAUCUGCAACAGUGAUUUCUAUGGAGGAGAGAUGGUUAACUUUCAUGAUCUUAAUCAACAAUUGUGAGCCAGUUAAAUGAUUGAAGGAUAUUUAUAGUAACCUUACCUUCAUUGAUAAAAACAACAACAACAACAUUUAAUUUGAUUGUAAUUGUGAUCAUUGUAAUGCAGGUUUAUAAUAAAUUGUCUGUUGAUAAUCAGUAAAUUGUUCAGCCUUUAUCCGUUGUCCUUGUUUGCUUUUAAGAAUCAGUGAUUACAAUUUUUUUGUUUUUUUCGUUAUUUUUUCUGAUAUUUUCUCGUUAUUAUCAACAAUUAACUGUAACCAUGUGUUCACAUUUUUAUUGUCCAUUAAAUUAUUGAACAAUCAGUCUAAUUUAAUUGCAAUUAAUCUCAAUGGUUUUCUGCUAUUCAUCAAAAGGAUUAAAUCGAUCAACAUGUUUCCUCAUAGGAUCAAUUGUUUUCCUUGUGUUGAAUGUUACUUUUUACUUUGGAAUUGAUUUAAUUGUUUCAUCAAUCAUUUACUCUAAAUUAACAUUAUUACAAUCGGAUUCUGAGUUGUUUUCAAAAUGGGUCCGACUUCCGAUUCCACUUGGAUUAAAGGUUUGGGUGUUCGAGACCACCAAUCCGGACGAAAUUUGGACGGGAAAAAAACCGAUACUUCGGGAAAAAGGUCCAUACGUUUUCAGUCUGUGGCGUGAGAAGAAAAUUCUUGAAAUCAAACAUGACACCGAAACAAUCAAAUACUCAGAACAUAAUGUUUACUUUUUCAAUGAAAGUCAAUCAAUUGGUUCUUUGGAGGAUAAGAUUGUUACUCUUAAUGUACCAACGGUGGCGAUUGCUGAGAAAUUGGGCUCAAUUGGUAACAAUUUACCUUUGAGAGGGUUAACUGGAAUUUCACUUGAACUAAUCGGCAAUGGACUAUUCCAGGCUCACAAAGAGGAGCUGAUGGCCAAUAUGACGAUCGACGACUUACUAUUUAAGGGGCAAAAAGUGAAAAUUUUACAAACAUUGGAAACAAUUUGGACUCCGUUAGCUUUAAUUGGAGUUAAAUUUCCGUCAACUGGACUGAAAGAUAAUACCUAUGGACUAUUUUAUGGACAAAAUUCAACAUUCGCUGAACCAUUGGAGAUUAUUGGUCAAGGAACUAAAUUGGGAAAGGUUGUCUCAUGGAAAAAUCAAAAGAAAUUAACUUGUUGGCCUGGAGAAACAUGUAAUACAAUUCGAGGAACCGAUGGAGCCAUGUUUUCACCUUUUAUCGAUAAGAGUCGAGUUCAUAUAUUCAUUCCUGAUCUGUGCAGGUUCAUCUCAUUCGAUUAUGAUAUGAAGAUAGUUUUCAGAGGAAUUGCUGGUUAUCGUUUCAUCAUAAGCGAAUCAACUUUUUUCAAUAAGCACCGUUAUCCAAGUAACGAGUGUUUCUGUCCAACCAAUGGAUUCCCAUGUAAUACCGAUGGUGUAACGAGUAUCGGUCCAUGUCGAGCCAAUGCUCCGAUCUAUUUGUCGAAACCUCAUUUCCUUUCAGCCUCGAGACAUUUCCUGGAAUCAAUUGAAGGAUUACAACCCAAUAUAUCACAACAUGAAUCUUUCAUCGAUAUCGAACCAACAACGGGAACACCUUUACGAGCGAAAGUCCAAUUACAGGUCAAUGUUUACGUUCGUCGAUUUCCUUUUAUCAAAACCAUGAGUGAUAUUCGUAAGGAGACACUUUAUCCGUUGGUUUGGUUUGAACAAUCAGCUGAAAUUAAUGAUGAAUUAGCUCAAGAAUUAAUCAACAAGUUAAUUAAACCAUUGUCUUAUGUGAAGAUUGUUAAAUAUGGUUCACUAAUUGUUACCUUAACAUUGUUCAUCAUUUGCCUAAUAUUUAAAUGCUUGUCCACGAAAAAGAUUCCAGUUAUUGAUACUGUAAGGAGAAAGAGUCAAUCACAAUUAAGGCAACAGAAUUUAACAAUUGGAUCAAUGAAUGAUACUAUUGAUCAACGAAGGAGACAAAGUCUGGAAGCACGAAAAUUAUACAACCUUCAGAAAAGAGGGUCGUCAAUCAAAAUCCACGAAAAGGCCAAAACAUUGAAACCAUUUAUACUCCAACGUUAAUUUGAUUGUGAUUCUAAUCAAUUAAUUACAAUGUUAUUCGCGUCUUUUUCAUGUAUCCAUUAGUUUUUUUUCACGAUCAACACACGAAAAUGAUUAAACUGAUCAUCAUUUUGAAAACAAAACGAAACAUUUUCAAACAAUUAAGAGUAA